UAUUCCCCAUCCUAGAACUAAUAUCAAUAACAUGUCCUGGCAAAGCUACGUGGACAACCUGAUGGCUGAUGGCAGCUGCCAGGACGCGGCCAUUGCGGGCUAUACAGACGCCAAAUACGUCUGGGCAUCGUUUGCUGGCGGAGCCUUUGGCAAAAUUACGGCAGAAGAAAUCGACGUGUUGGUAGGAAAGGACCGGGAUUGUCUCUUCACCAGUGGGCUGACCAUAGGCAGUAAAAAGUGCUCAGUACUCAGAGACAGCCUGACAAAUGAAGGGGACUGGACAAUGGAUGUCCGGACAAAGAGUCAAUCAGGAGAGCCAACGUACAAUAUAGCUAUAGGCAAAGCAGGCAAAGUAUUGGUUCUUGUCAUGGGAAAAGAGGGUGUCCAUGGAGGACAGCUCAACAAGAAAGCAUUUGAGAUGGCGGACUACCUGAGGAAGGCCGGCUACUAAAGCAACCUGUAACCAGCUACCUAGCAGUUCACCCUUGCCACCCUGUUGGAUUUGACACUACUUCCAGUCCUAGUUUGUAGUUUGUUUUUCUGCCUUUUCUCCCCCCUCCCCCCAUUUCUUUCCUCCCUCCCCAUUUAUCCUCGAACCUCUUCCCUCAUUCGCUCUGUGUAUUCUCAUCUCCUUUCAAGCACUCUUAUGUUGAUACAUAGUAAAAAUGAGCAUGUUGCUAAACAGGAUGUCAUGACAAAUCUGUACUUUACCAAGACCAGCAAAAAAAUAAAACAUUUUUUGGCAGAACUUA